AACUAUUUAUAUGGUUAAAUGCAACAACUCUCAAAAGCCUUUUCUUCACUCCCACCAUUAUUGAACUUCCAUUUCUUUUUGCUUUGUAGAUCCACCCCCACAACACACACACAAACACAAUUAAUGGCGUAUGUGAGAGAGAAUCAGAUUCUCUGUGUUUGAAAUUACACAGCUAACACAAGCAAAGGUCCUCUUACUGUUUAAGCUUCCCGUACCACACUCAAAUGUAGAACGAACUUUUGACUUUAAGAAAUCUACGAACAAGUUUUUUCAUAUUGAUUCGAAGCUUCAAUCUCCAGGUCAGUCUGUUCUUCACUUAAUCCCACUACAAUCAUCAAAUUUCAAUAUGUAUAGACCCUCGCCUGUUCGAAACCCGAGGUCAAAAGGAAUCAAAUCCAAAAAUGUCCUGCAAAUUUGUUUGUUGCUCGCUGUUUGCUUCUGGUUGAUCUUCCAAGUGAAACGAUCCCAUGAAAAGAAGAAAGAGUUUGACAACACAAAAAUCUCGUUAAGCACCAGUAAACAAAGUAAUGAUGAAAUCGCUAAACUUGGAAGAAAAGAUCUCCAACCUAAAUUUGAAAAGAUCGAAGAGGAAGCUGAAACGCAAACUGAACAAGAUGAAGAAAAGACCGAUGAGGGAAAAGAAGAUGAAAUCGAUGAAAAUGAACAAGAAAAGUCAGAAGCGGAAGAAAUAGAAGAAGUCAUUGAUGAAGAAAGUCAAAGUCAAACUGAAACUGAAACUGAAACUGAAACUGGUGAUUCUGUAGAAGAUCAUGAACCAGAAGAAGAAGAAGAUGGAGCUUCAACACAUACACAUGAAGGACGUGAAGAACACUACAAAGCAGAUGAUGCUUCUAGUGCAGUAGUUACUCAUCUUUCUACUGAAAAUACAACAAAUGAAGAAAUCUCAAAUGGUGAAACUUUCAAUAAUAAUGGAACCCAUGAAAAUGGACCUCCUUCAAGCACCAAAAUCAUGGAUUCAGAUUCUACAGAAGCUGUAAAUGUCACAGUGGAGGGAUUUGCUCCUGAUUCAAGUUAUGUGAAGUCUGAUGAAUUGAAUAGUAGUAAUGAAGUUGAAAGCGAUGAAGGUGAAGGUGAAGGUGAAGGUGAGAAUUUGGAGGGUAAUGAUGUAAUUUUGGAUCCAGAUGAAGUGGAAAAUGAGACACAUUUAGAAGAGAAAGAGGUUCGGAUGGAUUUAGACACGUUGCCUGAGAUUGAAACAGAAGGUGGAAACAGUGAAGAUACUGCUGCAGAAAGAAGAUAAAAAAAAAAUAAAAAUAAAAAAAGAUUUAUUUUGUGUUGAUUUUUGAAGUUGUAAUUGUUGUUUUGUUUCUACGUAUCAUGUUUUGCUUCAGAACUUGAAGUUGUAGUCCAUAUUAAUUUAUUAAUUGCCUUUGAUCUUUGUAUAAA